CCUCAGCCGAUACACUGGAACCGGGACCAACGCAGUCAGGAAAACCAGAACCCAACGCGGCCUCUUCUGCGCGCUGAGGAAGGGAGGAGGGGCGGGGGCCUGGUCAGAUAACUGACACUUUAUUUCCUUACAUCAAAGAAAAUGUUAAAGAGUAUCUGCAAACACAUUGGGAAGAAGAGGAAUGCCAGCAGGAUGUCAGUCUCUUGAGGAAACAGAAGCCAAAAGCAAACUCCAUGUUAUUUAUGACUUAAAGGCUGAAGAGGAUUCCCACCUGGAUGGGGCCGUUCCGAUUCCUGCAGCAUCUGGGAACGGGGUGGACGACCGGCAGCAUAUGAUCCAGGCUGUGGUGGACAAUGUGUACUGGCAGAUGUCUUUGGACCGAAAGACCACGGCGCUGAAGCAGCUGCAGGGCCACAUGUGGAGAGCGGCAUUCACAGCUGGGCUCAUGAAAGCAGAGUUCUUUGAAGAUGUAGUUCCAGCAGUCAGGAAAUGGAGAGAGGCUGGAAUGAAGGUGUAUAUCUAUUCUUCAGGAAGCGUAGAGGCACAGAAACUAUUAUUUGGGCAUUCUACAGAGGGCGAUAUUCUGGAGCUUUUUGAUGGUCACUUUGAUACCAAGAUUGGGCACAAAGUGGAGAGUGAGAGUUAUAGAAAGAUUGCAAACAGCAUUGGGUGCUCAACCAACAACAUCCUGUUUCUGACAGACGUUACUCUAGAGGCCAGUGCUGCUGAGGAAGCGGAGGUGCACGUAGCUGUGGUGGUGAGACCAGGUAAUGCAGGACUAACUGAUGAUGAGAAGACUUACUACAGCCUCAUCACAUCCUUCAGCGAACUCUACCUGCCUGCCUCAACCUAGAGAAGGAUUCAGAGGAAGACCAGACUGUUCCCCAGAGUCGUCCCUGUAGUCUAGUUUUAUUCUAAUGGUAAAAGUAAUUUACUUAAAAAAUACAUAUAUACACAUACAUAUGUAUUAUGCAGGUGGAUAUAUGUAUAUGUUCAAAGUGUCUUCCACAGGCAUAUAAAUGGAAAAAGAAAAAUACUCAGUUCAGUGAAAUGGAAGCUUAUUUUAAAAUGUAUUAUAUGUAGAAAUUGUUUGAAGCCACAACUCUAACCCUUAUUGAGGGCAAAGUGUAGUUGAUAAAAGAAAUUACUAAAAUAAAAAUCAAAUGUGUUAUGUUUAUCAGGUCAUGUACCAAAAUGAAAAGCUAGUUUUGGGAAGUUAUUCAGAAGUCUUGCUAUUUUAAAAACAAAGCAUUUCAAAGGGUUAUUCCUAAUAAUAACUUGUUGCCCCUCUUUAAUUGUUAGAAGAUUACAGUGGUUGCAUUUCACAAUAUUUGCCUCUGUAUAUACAAAAGACAAAGGUGUUUGCUUCUGCCCCAAAAGAACAAAAUUGGGAAAGAAACCUUACUCAAGUUGUAAUCGAGCAUCUGCUAGUUCAGAAGAAACUUGCUAAUCAUCGUGGCAGCCACAGCAAGCAGUUGCCUUACCAAUGAAAAAGGUGCACUGACGUAACAGCCAGAAUACACAUGUGGUUCUCAGUAUUUAACAAACCAUUCCUAAUCCUGCCAGCUGUUAUCAUUAAAGAUUUUAUGCUUGCCUUUCUAACUACUUAGCAGUUUUAGAAUAUUGCUGUUUACUAUUAAUAAAACAAAAAUGGUUUUACUGAAAUUAGUCCAUAAGAUCAAAAAGAGCUCUAAUAUGUAAUAUUUUCCUCUGUAAUGGAUGUGAGAAAUGUAAAUUUUAUAACAGUAUUAUUUAUCGUGAUUCAUUUCUAAUAAGAUCUCAUGUCUGAUUCAUGUUGUGAUUAAUAAAAGCAUUUUUUUUACUCAGUUUUAAGUAGGUCCCUGAUCUAGAGUUCCACAAACUGCCAUAAGAGAAACAAACUGAAAAGAGAAUGAAAAAAUAAGAGUUUUAUUUUAGUUUUCUACUAAAUUGUAUAUGUGCGUGUGUAUGUGUUUUAAUAGAAUGCCAGUGGAAAAUCAUUGACUAUUAUUUGUAUUAUGUGGCUAACCUCACUGGUUAUUAUUUCAUUUGGAUAGUAUGCAUUGAGGGUAUGAGUUGGGUUUCUUAGAGUUUUUGGAAUCUUAUAUUUGAGGUAUAUAAGUUAAUAUUCGAAGGAGGUAAUUAUUCUCCUAAUUGAUCAAGAAAAACUGUAACGGAUCCUAGAGGGAUCAUUUUGGGAUGUUUUAAUAAGGGAAAGGAAGUAGUCUUGCAAAUAAGAGAGCACAGGGGAAAUAAAAUAUUUUAUGUUGAUAGUUUUUAUCUUAUAAUAAUUAAGAAAUCUGAUGACUACAAAAAUACACAGGAGUAGAAAAAGGGAAAUGAGUUUUAGUAAAUCUUAGAAAUGGGAGUAGUUUAUGAAUGAUGGUAAAACCAUUGUUAGGUGCCAUCAAGUCAGUUCUGACUCACAGUGACCCUGUGUAUGACAGAAUGAAACACUGCCUGGUCUGGCGCCAUCCUCACAAUCAUUGCUAUGUUUGAGCCCGGUCUUGCAGCCACUGUGUCAAUCCAUCUUGUUAAGGGUCUUCCUCAUUUUCAUUGACCUUCUACUUUACCCAGCAUAAUGUCUUUCUUCAGAGACUGGUCCCUCCUGAUAAAAUGUCCAAAGUAUGUGAGAUGAAGCCUCACCAUUCUUGUUUAGGAGCAUUCUGGCUUUAGUUCUUCCAAGACUGAUUUGUUCAUUCUUCUGGUAGUCCAUGGUAUAUUCCACAUUCUUGGCCAACACCAUAAUUCAAAGGCAUCAAUUCUUCAGCCUUCCUUAAUCCUUGUCCAGCUUUUGUGUGCAUACGAGGUGACUGAAAACAUGAUAGCUUGGAUUAGGUAGAGACCUGGUGGCACAGCGGCUGAGAGUUCAGCUGCUAAUCAAAAGGUUGGCAGUUUGAAUCCACCACCUGCUCCUUGGAAACCCUGUGGGCAAUUCUACUUUGACUCGUAGGGUCACUGUGAGUCAGAACUGACUCUACAGCAACAGGUUUGGUUUUUUGGGUCAGGCACACCUUAGUCCUCAAAGUGACGUCUUUGCUUUUUUAAUACUUCAGAGAGGUCUUUUGCAGCAGAUUUGCCCAGUGUGAUACACCAUUUGAUUUCUUGACUGGUCUUUCCAUGGGCAUUCAUUGUGGAUCCGAGAACAAUGAAAUCCUUGACAACCUCAAUCUUUUCUCUGUUUAUCAUGAUGUUGCUUAAUUGGUCCAGUUAUGAGGGUUUUUGUUUUCUUUAUGUUGAGGUGUAAUCCACACAGAAGGCUGUAGUCUUUGAUCUUCAUCAGUAAGUACUUCAAGUCGUCUUUGCUUUCAGCGAAGUCACGUCAUCUGCAUAUUACAAGUUAUUAAUGAGUCUUCCUCCAAUCCUGAUGUCGCAUUCUUCAUAUAAUCCAUCUUCUUGGAUUACAAUUUACCAGAAAUACCUUUUUUCAACCACAUAAAUGGCAGCUAUACGCUUGGACCUUGCCAAAAGGAAUACACAGGAAUCAAAUCUACUGUGUCUGUGGAAAGAGACAAUAGAGAAGGUCAAUACAAUCAGUCAGAACAAGGCCAGGGGCCAGCUGUGGAACAGACCACCAGUUACUCCUAUGCAAGUUAAAGUUUAAGCUGAAGAAAAUUAAAACAAUUCUAAGAGAGCCAAAGUACAACUUUACGUAUAUUCCACCUGAAGUAGAGACCAUUCAAGAAUAGAUUUGAUGCAGUGAACACUAAUGACCAAAAGAGCAGACAAGUUGUGGGAUGACAUCAAGGACAUCAUACAUGAAGAAAGGAAAAGGUCAUUAAAAAGACAGAAGAAAGAUAAGAGCAAAAUAGAUGUCAGAAGAGACUCUGAAACUUGCUCUUGAAUGUGGACUAGGAAGCAAAAGGAAGACAUGAUGAAGUAAAAGAGCUGAACAGAAUAUUUCAAAGGGUAGCUCAAGAAGACGAAGCAUUAUAAUGAAGUGUGCAAAGACCCAGAGUUAGAAAACCAAAAGGGACGAACAAGCUUGGCAUUUCUCCAGCUGAAAGAACCGAAGAAAAAAUUCCAGCCUCUAAUUACAGUAUUGAAAGAUUUUAUGGACAAAAAUUUGAACAAUGCAGGUAUCUUGCUUAUCUAGUGCUGCUAUAACAGAAGUGCCACAGUGGAUGGCUUUAACAAAGAGAAAUUUAUUCUCUCACAGUUUAGGAGGCCAGAAGUCCAAAUUCAGGGUGUCAGCUCCAGGGAAGGAGUUCUCCCUCUGUUCCCCUGGUCUAGGAGAUUCUCAGUGCAGGGAGCCCGGUUCCUAAGGACGCACUAUGCUCCCGGCUUUGCUUUCUUGGUAAGAGGUCCCCCAUCUUCCUGUUUGCUUCUCUCUUUUAUAUCUCAAAAGAGAUUGACUUAAGGCACAACCUAAUUUUGUAGAUUGAAUUUUGCCUCAUUAACAUAACUACUUCUAACCCUGCCUCAUUAACAUCACAGAGGUAGGAGCCACAACACAUAGGAAAAUUACUUCAGAUCACAAAAUGGUAGGCAACCACACAAUACUGGGAAUCAUGGCCUAGCCAAAUUGACACAUAUUUUGGGGGGACAUAAUUCAUGGCAUUCCAUCUCUUGUCCCCCCAAAAUUCAUGUCCAUGUCACAUGCUAUCAUAUCAAUAGCAAAAACUUUUAAAUCACCUCCAAAUCCAAAAAUUCCUCUUCAUCUGUGAAAUUGAGAAUACAAGUUAUCUGCUUCCAAAGUACAAUGGUGGAACAGGCACAAGCCAGACAUUUCCAUCACAAAUGGGAGAAAUUGGAGGGAAAGAAGAAAUAACAGGUACCAAACAAGUCAGCCAAACACAUUAUACCUCUGAAGGCUUGAAAAUAAUCCUCUGUUGUCUGAGACCAUGUAGGCAAUGGUCCUGCCCCCUAGAGUCUGGGUGUUGGCCACAUCCUACAGAUUCUGAGUGGAGGCCCCUCAGCCUUGGGCUUCAGCUCUGCCUUCUAGGACCACUGGAAUGGCACCUCUUCUCCCUUGGAUUUGGGUGGCCCCACUCUCCUAGUCCAAGUGGCGAACCUACCUUUUCAGCCCUGGCAGACCCUGUUUUUCUGCCCCUUGGGUAGUGGAUCUGGCCCCAUCCCGUUGGCAUUUGUGGAUGGUGGCCCCACACUCGGGAACUGAGUUGGUUAAGAUCCUACUUUUUGAAAACUAGGAGGCUUAGGCCCUACUCUUAGAAACUCCAGAGGCCAUGGCUUUACCCUUUGAGACCUCAGAGGUUAGGGCCCUACUUUUUGAAACUGAGGCAGCUCUGUUGCCUGUGUUCCUUGUCCCUUUACCUUCUGCUUCCUGGUUUCUUGGCCUCUGGGUCCCUCUGGCCUCGCUUCUGUGUCUGCCGUGCUGGGGCAAGUGUUCCAAAGCUCUUUAGCUCCACUGAUAAGGGCCUGAAGGCACCCCACUCAGCCAGGAAGCCUCCUGUGCAAAGGCGCUCAGCUUUCUGCGCUGUGCAUCAGCUCCAGUGCUGCCUUGCACCAGUCUCCUGGUUCUGCUGCUGCCAUUUUGCUGCUUCUCACUAUCUGUACCGUAUCCAGUAUUAAUAGAUCUACUCACUUCCUUCUGAGUCCUCACCAGAAUUAUCUUCGAUGUACAUAAUUCCACCAACAGUCUCUUCAAGGCAACUAGGCUUUUACUAUUAUCCAUUGCCAUCGAGUCAAUUCCAACUCAUUGCAACUCUAUAGGACAGAGUAGAACUGCCCCAAAGGGUUUCCCAGGAGUGGCUGGUGGAUUUGAACCACCGACCUUUUAGUUAGCAGCCAUAGCUCUUAACUACUGUGCCACCAGGUCUCCAGGCUUUUACUUUUAGGCACUUUAAAACUCUUCCAGCGUCUGUUCAUUUACAGUUUCAAAAGUGUUUCUGCAUUUUAAGUGUCUGUCAGAGUAGCACCUCACUCUCUUGGUACCAGAUUCUGUCUUAGUUAUCUACUGCUGCUGUAACAGAAAUACCACCUGUGGAUGGCAUUAACAAAGAAAUUUAUUCUCUCACAGUUUAGGAGGCUAGAAGUCCGAAUUCAGGGUGCCAGCUCUAGGGGAAGGCUUUCUUGUUCUGUUGGCUCUGAGGGGAGGUCCUUGCCAUCAAUCUUCCCCUGGUCUAGGAGCUUCUCAGUGCAGGGACCCUGAGUCCAAAAGAACAUACUACGCUCCUGGCUUUGUUUUCUUGGUGGUAGGAGGCCCCCAUGUCUCUCUGCUGACUUUUUAUAUCUCAGAAGAGAUUAAGACAACCUAAUCUUGUAGAUUGAGCCCUCUCCCAUUAACAUAACUGCUUCUAAUCCUUCCUCAUUAACAUCAUGGAGGACAGGAAAAUCACAUCAGAUCACAAAAUGGUGGACAACCAUGCAAUACUGGGAAUCAUGGCCUAACCAAGUUGGCACAUAUUUGGGGGGGAUAUAAUUCAAUCCAUAAGAGCCGGUAAAAUCAGAAAUGGUGAUAAGAGGACGAAAUUCACAGUUUCUGGGAAAGAUCAUGAGAGAACAUGAGUAAAGAGCAUCUCUUAAUGACAGUAAAGGAGUAAUUGGAAAAGAAAGAAAAAAAUAAAAAUUACGCACUAGGAUCUAGAUUUGAGAGGAAUUUAAGGAAGAACAGGAGAGGGCACAGAAUUGAGAUAGAGAGGUAUUUGCUGUCCAUGACAAAAAAAAAAAAACAGAAGAA